AUGGCUUCUCCCCAGAGAGACCAUCCAUCUUCCCCGCAUGCCCGAAUGUCGGCGCCUGGCCUCUUCAAAGAUGGCCUCUGGUGCUGUAACUGCCCAGAUCGACCCCUAGCUAAACAGUUCCAAGUCAAGAAACAGAGCGCAAACCAAGGGAGGUUCUUCUGGACUUGCGAUCAACCUCAGCAUCUCAAGUGCAAGUUCUUCCUUUGGGCUAGUGACGCCGAGAUUCGUGAACAAGCAACCGUUCUUUCCAACUCCCGAUCCGAAGUCGAUCCUCUAACUUUGACACCUUCCAAACCAAGAACACCAGGUCGCUUUAGCAAUGGUCUCAUGACCCCUCAGACCGAGCGCCACUUCGUUGACAACCCUCAACGUAGCUUCAUCUCCCCACCAAAAACGGCAAAAGCCAAAAUGAUUUCGGAGGCCUCCGAUGAAUUUGGAUGGAACGACAACUCCGAUAACAACGAAGAACUUACGAAUGUGCUAUCAUCAAGCCAGGCUACGGAGCCUUUCAUAACACAGCCAAGUUUCCACCCCGAAUUUCCAUCGAAGGUGGCCCGCACAAACUUAUUUACCUCCCCAGGGGAGAGGAAAUCCUCCGAAGCCACAAAUAUGAGCCCUUCUCGGACUCAAUCUGCUCUCGCCACGCCUUUCUCAUCCCGAUCAUCUCGCACUGAACAGUUCCCUCCAUCGUCAGUGGAAAUAUGCAUGACACCUACACCAAGCAAAUAUAGCGAUAUCCUUUACGCAGACUCGAAAUAUGACAUGACAGAUCUGUCGAAGAGUUUACUUGAUGUUCUGGACAAGCAUAGUGUCGUGCUACCAAGUCAUGCGCAGAAGGAGAUGGUCUCGCUGCUCAAUCAGCACGAUCUUAGGACCAAAGGUAUCAGCAAAGGACGAGACAUGUCGCGCCUGUUGCUCAAGAAACGUGAUGACGAAAUCGUCAGGUUGAAGGAGCGUAUUUCGAAUUUGGAAGCUCAGAAAGAGCUGGAUCGGAGUCUUAUUGAGGGCAUGAAACACCCUUGA